AUGUACAGGAAAUUGGCGGAAGAUAGCUCCAUCAAGUAUCCUAUUGGCUCUAAGCUGGUUUUAAGGGACUUUUACGUUGAUGAUCUGGUUACCGGCGCAGAUACACUACAAGACGCAUUUUCCAUCAAGGAAGAAACAUAUCAGCUAUUGCAACAAGGUCGUUUCGAGUUGUGCAAAUGGGCGUCUAACGAACCGACCCUUCAUGGUGACUCACAUCACGAAAAGGAAUUUAUUACAUCUAGCAACAAGAUAUGCGAAACACGAGCUUUAGGUCUCGUGUGGAAAUGCGCCUCUGAUCAAUUCAGUUUUUCAGCUCUUGCUUAUCCACCACAUUUGUCUGAACAACCAAAAAAGUAUUCUGUCAAGAAUUGCAUUGGUAUUCGAUCCGCUUGGGCUACUUGGUCCUACAGCAAGUGGAAGCAAUAUGAAUCUGAACUAGCACUGUUAAAGGAUAUAGUCAUACCACGACGAGACAUUACAUUGGACAAACCUGCAGUUUUGGAACUGCAUGGUUUUGCUGAUGUCAGCGAGCUCGCUUAUGGCGCAUGCAUCUAUUUGCGCACGACUGAUGACAAUGGGAUGCAUUCUACCCAUCUAAUCUGCUCAAAAAAUCGAGUAGCUCCAUUGAAGUGUUUGUCUAUACUACGUCUAGAAUUAGGCGCACCCUUACUAUUGGCGCAACCAGUCAACAAAGUCGUAAAAGGCUUAGAUCACAGUGUGAAAUCGAUAUGUCUAUGGACUGACUCAACCAUUGUAUUAGCUUGGCUUCAAUCUUAUAGUCGCAGCUGGACUCCGUUUGUCGCCAACCGGGUUAGUGAAAUCCAACACUAA